CAGCAAUCAAUUCGAAGAUGUGAAUAUCGAAAAAGCACCUGUCGAGUUCAGUUUGAUCUCUUGUCGAACUGGCGAAUCGUAAAAUCCACGAAGGGGAGGACUGUACAAUAACCGCAGUGUUUACGAAUGAACGUUAGAAUAAUUGUCGUCAAUUAUUCGUCGUGCUAUACAUCUUCGGUUUUGCUAUAAGCAUUAAAGUGAAGAAGAGGUUUCACCCUUCCUCGGUCGAAUAUAUAAUUUUCAUAAAUUACGUUGACUCGAACUUUGAUUAAAUUGAUCAGCUGCGUUUUUCUCCUCAACUAUGUUACGUCUCAAAAAUAAUUUAAAACCACAGGUAAACCGCAAUAUUAUCUUUUUUUUUUUUUUUAAUAAGACUUUAAUGUGCGAUUUUCGAACGUGUUGGUUGCAUUGUAUCGAACGGAAAUGAGAAAAAUACGAUUAUACAAGUAAUGACAUAUUUUAUUGUCAACUUGCUCGUAUUGCGAAAUGUUUCGUUGAAAUUGUAGUAGUGAGUUCACUAUUUAAUAUAAGAUAAAUUUACAUGUAAAUAUUUACAUGUAGAUAUUUAGAAUAUACUUGCUGACCUUGUGAUUAACGUGUUCGCGUCUAUAUAGAUAUAUAAAAACUGGUCGUGUGCAAUCGUACACUUUGCAGUUUAAGCAUGUGUGUGUUUGUGUGUUGUUACUGCUUGAUAGUUUGCUUCGAUUUUUAUUUAGUUUUUUAUGUACUGAUUUUGCAUCACGAGCAACUUAUUGUUGCGACGAGCGUACACUCUCAGCUGUACACUAUUCAGCUUGUAUAACAGAAUCCCGUGCGUACGAUCGAUCGUAUGGGACACGACGCGACGUACUCCUGGAAAAGUACUACUCUACGCUUUUCUUGCACCACCCUGUAUAGACAAGAAACUAUCUCGAGAUUUCCGAAAACAAGAUAAAUCAUUAAACCCCUAAUCUCUUCCGAGUAUUAGCAGAAAGUAUUUCGUCGGUUUUCUUUAUGAAAACUCUCUAAUUAAAGACUACAGAUAUGUAAAAAUUAUGUAAAAACAAUUUUUUUGGAAAAUAAAAAUCUUCAAAAUUUUUGCAACAUCGGAAAAACGACGAAAAAGCAGUUUUGCCGUUUUUUUCCGCAAGUGCAUUCGUACUUCGAUACUAAUUGAAAAAAUAAUUGCAAAUAAAAUAAUAUUCAACUGCACGAACAUAUUUAUUGAUAUCGCACGAUCAAAACCCUGAACGCAGUCUCGAAAGUUCGUGCGUGUGUAUAUAUAUGGUGCAAUAUAAAUUUGGUCUCUUCUCGCAUCGUCGUUUUUACGUCAUCUCUUAAACAUCAAGCAAACAGAGGAGAUAUGGGUCAUGAAGAUGCUCCGAGUGUAAGCGGGAAAUAACGUCAAUUCUCACGACGCUCUUUGAGACACUUUUGCCGUCCUCAUCUUUUUUCGGACUGUGCUUGUCCUUUCUCGCUCUCACCCCUUUCGCGCGCAAGCUCCGUACAUUGGCUGAAAACUGCAGCUGCGCGCACUCCUGCACAGGAGGAGAGCAGGUGCACACCCUCCGUAACUGCAGUUGGCAGUAUGCUGCUGUGCGGGUUGCAAAUUCCGUCAUUAGUUGCAAAAUCCGAUUUGUAAAUGCCGAUUACAAAAGUUUCGCGCUCGCCGGUGUGCCAUCGCACGUCUCGCUUGUCGCACAGUUGUUUUAUCCCUUGUCUGUUGUUCGUUCGCGAAUAGAAAGAAAUCCGCAUUUUCCGAUUGAAAAUCCAAGGAGCGAUGCUCGCUCGCAUUAUGGGAUUCGCUUAGCAGCGACGAUUAAAAGGGUUAAAAAGUGGCGUAAGUCAGCGCUUGUACAGUUUCACUGAUCGUGUUUCUCGUUGUUGUAUUACAAUUUGCCGCAUCAUUUGUGCAUCCCGCGAUCAUCUCUUCGAGCAAUAUCACCGUGCCUAAUUUGCUCCGCACAAACAAUAUGCAAAUUAAUCCCCCGAUGGAAAAUUUCUGCCUUAAGUUCCUCGCUUAUUUGCUGCCGAUCCAAACACGCGUGUUACUACUGCAGCGAAUUAUGAUACACGUAUCGUCCGAGAGCGCGCAUAGAUAUGAUCGAGUGAAGCGCAAAGGCGCGGCUUUCCUCACGAAUUUGUUCAAGUCGAGAAAGCUGAUAGCAGGAAUGAAGAUUAACGAGGACGAAGAGAUGGAACCCGCGCCCAGAGUGGAAGCUCCCGCUAUUAUCACUACCGCGUGUCGUCGCAGCGGUUCGGAAAAUGACAAUACGAUGUCGCGAAUUCCCUCGACAUUGAGCGUGACAGCGGUGGACGUUGUUGUCUCGUGUCAGCCGUCCCCUUCGCACUCAAUUCUGACCUUAACACCCGGUAGAACACGGAACAUCGAUCAGGACAUGGAAGCGCUCAGAUUGAGCCGACAGGAUAAUCCUUUUUUACAGGUUCUGGCAAGUCGGGAGAGUCUCGUGGAAUCGAUCGAGGAGUCUGAAUCUGACGACGCGAUUCUAAUGUCGCAGCUGCACGUGCGUGUUUUUCACACACAGGAAUUGGGUGACGCGGAUCCUCUGACAUUGGCGCAGGUGCACGAGCAUCUGGUACGCAGCCCACCUCCGGCAUCGUGGCCCAAUUCCACGGCCUUUCAAUUUCCACAACAGGAUCAAACUGUCAUCUCGUCGGCGAAGAACGACGCGGUUUUGCCCGUUAAGAGCCCGUUGAAAACACCCUCGCAUCGCAGCAUCGAGCAGGAGCUAUCCAAGAGCGAGCCGUCGGAUAUCAGAGAUCGACAUUCCCAUACGUUCUCGUUACUACAUCCGACGCCGAUACGCACGCUGUCGGAAGUUCGACGGCUUCAUCGAUCGGCCGACGACAACGUGCAGCUCAUGUCGAACGAGUAAAAACGGCUCCUCGGAUCUUGAUUAAUGGUUUUUUCUCAUCGAAAGAUAUCGACUCUCAAAUCUCGCCCAAGAGCGUCUUUCGAAGAAUGGUGAUUGUUCGACGAGAGUUCAAGGUCGAGAGGGUUUCUUUCCUCUGAGGAGACGAAGUUGACGAUCGAUUGCCUCCAUCUGCAAUUGUCUGUGAGAGAGAUUUGUCCUCGUUAGGAAGUUUACUAAAAAAAAAAAAACAAAAAGAAGAAGAAUGAGGAAACUAUUGAAUACUGAGAUGGGGUGUGUUUUGACACUCGAUCGAAAGAAUUGAAGCUUGAAACACUCGAGAUGAGAUGUGACGAGGAAGAACUCGGAGCAAUUGAGAUAAUACUUUAAAGAGCAAUGUGCCUGAUUUUCAAGCGCGAUUUUCUCUUGCGAAGCAAAUUCCGACGAAAACAAACAAUAAUUUUAUUAAAAAUUGAUUGAUUGAAUUUAACAAAAAAGAAAGCACUUGCGUGCGAAAGUUCAAUAAUUUACUAAAUUCAAUUUUGUAAAUGUUUUUAGCUGCAAAAAUAUGACACUUUUAUAUGUAUGAUUUAAACAAAUUUUAAUUGACGAGCUUGAUUGACGUUUAAUAAUGAGAAUGACACAAGCGUAUAUAUGAAUAAUCCGGAAGAGAGAAGUGUUUACGUUUAACUUUUUGAGAAUGAAAGAUUUAAAGAAUUUAGAGAUAUGUGAAACAUCUCUUGUAUGUGCUAGUUUACAAGAGAUUUGAGAUAUAUUGCACUAUUCUAUAUAUACAUAUAUAUAUAUUUAUAUAUAUACAUAUAUAUAUAUAUAUAUAUAUAUAAUUAUUACUAAUUAACAAAGAUAUUUAAAUCGUCAGCUGGGAGAAUUUUUAGAGAAAUAUUUAAUAUACAUUAAGUUUUCAAAAGCUUUAACUUUUGUAUAAUUUGGAAUGUCUUUGAGAUUUUUGUCUCGAAGGGAGCAAUAUAUCGUUGUGCAAUGAUCGUUAGAGCGCACGCAUGACGCGUAUUAAAAAAUUAUUAUUAUUAUUAUGAUUAUUAUUAUUACAAUUCUCUCAUAUAGGUGAUAGUGAUAUCAAAAUUUGUUGUUAAUAGUUAUUGUUGAUGCACAUGUCUAUUAAUUAUUCAUGCAGUUUAAAUGUCUAUUUCGUGUAGAGAGAGAUGUUUCAGAAAUAUUUUAUACUUGUAUAAAACUGUCUUUUGCAUUAUUGAAAAUCAUAAUUAUAACAAAUCGCAAAUUAUUUCGAUGUCGAACUGUCAGAAAUGUUUCUUUUUUUUUUCUGUUGACAAAAAGUGUCUACUUACAUUUAUAUAUCUUUUGAUAAAUUUGAGCACGAAGAAACGCUAGAAUGCACAAUCAAACAAAAAUUUUCCGCGCUCAUGUCAGACUCAUUUUUUUGAAAAUAAUUUCAAAAAAGAAGUAAUUUAAUUUACAGUAAAAAAAAAAAAAAAACGAUAUACGCAAAGGUAGUAAUAACUUCCAGAACAACAUACAAGUUUAACGCUGACGUUUUGCCAAAUGUACAGGCCUUAAUUAACCAAUUCCUGAUAGAUAAAUAAACAAAAUAGUUAUAUAUAUAUAAGAUCUUUUUUAUAGAACACAGCAGUGUGGACAAACUUAUUGAUAACGAUUUACUUGCGACAUACUGAAAGUAAUUUUUUUUUUUAUGAUAAAAAAAAAAACGCCGUCAAUGAACUUUCAACGAAACGUUUCUUUUUUAGUUUUCUCUUUUUGAGGAAAGAUCAAUUUUUUGUGUGAGGAACAUAUGGGUACGUUUAAAUGGAAUCUGACGUGCUUUCUCUCUCUCUUUUCUCUUCGAUUAUUUGUAAAAGUUCUUCCAAGACAGUGUGUAUAAAAUAAUGUUUAACUAUUAAACAAUUAAGUGAAUGAAUUUAUAAUCAAAUUGUUUCACUUAAAAUGUCAAUUAACUCUGCUGGUAGAACGGUGUCAAGUCAAUUGACAUUUUUUGCUGAUUUCGCAGAUUUCGAACUCAUUGCUACGCGUGUUUCGAGACUAAACAUUUCGGUGAAAUUAUUUAUGGUAUGUUGCGCGUCGUCGUAAGAAUAAUUCAAGCUUCCUGUAAGCGACAGAGCGUAUAAGAAACAAAAAAAAAAAAUUGUUCAUUGGAGCAAUUGUCCUUAGAGCUCGUCAGUUUCUCUUCUGCAGGUUUGUCGAGAGAGAUGUUUGAUACAAAUUUUCGAAUACGUUUGAAGAAAAACAGUGUGAACGGGUGGCCACCAGCUUCUCUCUCAAACGCGAACACAGAAUUCUGUUCAUUUGAAAUUCUAUUUGUCGAGAGCCAAACACCCAUUAAAAAUUAUUGGUACGAAAUUCGUACGUAAUUCACACGUGUAAUUACUCAUAUAAAAAAAAUAUAUAUGUAUAAACGUCAUAUAAAUUAAUCUUUAGAACAAAUUUCGAAUUCGUUUUAAAGGCGAAAAGAUGCGAGUUUAAAAAAUAACGAGACUAUUAUUUUACUCUCGUCGAAAAAGUAUCUCAAAUGUUCGCAAUUCUGGGCCACCCCAGCAGCAGCCCCAACGGAAACAAUCGAUGUAACUUUAGCAGGGUUUUAUACGAAAAACUUUGGAGAAACUGUAGUAGAGAUUGUAGCUAGAAAGUUUACUCACACCGAGACUUUUAGAGUCCAAUAGACUGUCGCGUCUAUUGGGAAUUGAAAUUAAUUAUAUCGUACUUGGUACUUAGGUCGUACAUACAUACAUGUGUGGUUGUGUGCGUAUACGAUACAUGCGUAUGUGUAUGCACACACACACACACACACAUGUACACUCAUGUACAAACGUUAGUCCGAAAGCGAGACCGUAAAAGCAAGAUAAACGACGGGAGUAAUGUAAAAACGGUAGAGAGAUUUAAUUAAUCUAAUUAGUCAAGUGUGACAAACACAGAUUCCACAUGUUCACUCGAGAGAACGUGUUUGUGAGAAGCGUUUGGGGACACUGAUGCGUCAGACAUCAUUUUAUAUAAAGCUUAUUUUUUGUCGCAAUGUACACAAGUCGCGCUUACAAAAAGCGAGCGAGAAGAUCUAGAUCGCGAAUUUAAUGUGAUCUUGUACGUAGGGAUGUGCAGCUUGGGGUUUUUGCUUGCGAUGUAACGAAAUCUCAGACUUAGUGUCGUUUUCUCUUUCCUUUGAAACAACAACUCGGAACCAAAAUUCUCGGUAUCGAAAAAAAAAAAAAAUGGUCGCAUAAAGGAUCUGCGAAUAGAUUUUUUUUUUUUUUCAGACGAUCCGCGUGACUCGUAACAAUCAACGAACUACGUCACCAAAGUGUGUAUUGUACCGAGAUAACGAGAGUCCGAUACGUAUAUCAGCAAUAUCUCGCGGGAAUGUUGGAGAUCCCUACUUGAGAACAUACAAGUAUUCCGGUAGCAAACACCUUUCCACAGCCAAAUGUCGCAAGAUAAGAUUAUCUUGUCACGAUGCAACGGCCUACAAAAAAAAAAAAGAAAAAACAUUCAUGUACUCAUCGAGACUUUAUUGAUUCAUGCUGCUACUGAUGAAACACACAAACAGUAUUUGUAUCGAAAUAUAUUUCGCGAAACUUCGAGUUUCAUAAAAAGCCGCGCAUGUGUUUAUCGGAGAAAGAGUUUCACGCACAAAUAAUAUUAUCUACCACAUUUAGCACAACGUUUUCGUUUAUCUUGUUUUCGCAAUUUCGUCGUCGUUAACGAUAUAUCCAGAUAUUUCUGAUGAUGCAAACACCAAUAGAGGAAGUAAAACCAAGAAAUGUAAUUGGAACACCUCGUGUGACCUCGCAAUCAUCUCGGUCAUAUAUGUGAGAAAAGUGGAAAUAAAAAACAAAAAAAAAUACAAAUUUCGAAAAACAAAACCACAGAAAAGACUGGAGUACGUUCGAGGAGAAGAACAUUUCUUAGCAUAUAGUUAGAAAUAAAUCAUUAGGAGAGAUACUUUUUUUUUGUUGUACCAAGCUUCUUCGCGAAAAUUUCUCUUGCGUAUAUAACAUGUUUCGCCAUUUGUUCCUACGACCGAAAAAAAUCGCAUUGCUAACAUCAAUCAAACAAUUGUAUCGAAGAAACAGAAACUGUCCAACAUACACACACGCACAUACACAUACACACACACACACACAAACACACACACAGAAAACUCGCAAAGUAUGCGUUUGCGGUCGCGUCCUCUCUGUAGGUGUUUAUUGUUUUCAAAUAAAAAUGAAAUAUA